AGUGAAACGGUCAGUAGGACGGCGAAGAUCCUAUGGGGGGAUCCAGAUCGUGACAAGACGAGGCUAUUUCUGAAAGGAAGCAAGAAGGAGGCAACUCAAGCAAAAGCGGAGCGAUGAGGACCACGACCACUAGCACAGGAGACUAUUCUAGAUAUUCGAUCCAUUGACAUAUAGAUUAAGUGUGAGGCAGCCACUGCCGCUAUGAGACUUAAGGCGAUGGGAAAGUGGAUAGAUGAUAGGAGCAGGUCAUACCAUAGUGGUAUAAUCGAAGCGACAAUAGGAAACCCGUAUGGAUUAGAAUGGGUUUUCGAUCGGAUACCUGAGAUGAUACUUGAGGUCGAGUGCGAGAUACUGCUACCAGAGGCACAGACUUGGAUUAACGAAACUCUGAUAUUGCCAUCUGGGACAUCAUGCUAUACAGAUCGAUCAAAGCACGCUCUCACUUGUUAUAUAUAAGAAGAUAUUAUAAUAAAGUAUGGCCAAAAGUAAACUGUUCAGUAUGAACAUAGGGCAUCAAUAAGCUCUCUCGCAGACGAGCGUGAUGGGUUUUGUUGUACGGACCCCACUAAUCCCAGAAUCAGCAAGCGGAAUCUGGAAAUAAACAGGGUAGUCAACGAACAUAAGCGGAAUUUGUGGCUGGAACACUUGGAGCAAUGUAACUUAGGCACCGGAUUAAUUAAGCUGUGGUCUACUGUUAAGUCACUCUCGAAACCCGAUAGACAGGACCUCAGUCACUUUUGGCGACGUAACUAUGACUGAUCCGAAGAGGUGCGACAGAUUGUUCACCCGUCAAUUAAUUGUGCAUCCCGAGAAUGACAGGGAUAGGAGAAGAGCCAUUCGUAGUCGUCGUGAUCUCCGACCCGAUGGACGGCCAUAACAAUUAACCGUGAGCGAAGUUACGAAUGUCAUUCGUGGCGCCAAAUCAUCCAAGGCGUUGGGCCCCGACGGAAUCUCUGCACUGAUGCUGAAGAAUCUGGAUCUACCUGGAGUUGAGUACCUUACUACUGUCCUCAACCUGUUUUUGAACACUCCCGAUGUUUGGGAAAAUGGAAAAUGAAACAGUGAGUCCCCCAGGCGGGGUGAUAUCUACGGCACUGUUUAACGUCUUCCUAUCCUCCACAAAAAAACCUUGUUGACCACGUACUAAGCAAUUAGCCUGUGGUAAGUUAUGCAGCGCCAGUGUUGUCUCGUCAGCUUUGUGACACGCAGUGGAUAAUAUUCAGAUCUGUCAGAAUGCCGCCCUCUGAACUCCGACGGGCUGUCUCCGCAGUUCUCAAGUGGACCACCUGCAUCAGGAGACAAAGAUCCUACCUGUGCGAAGACAUAACUACAUGAUCUCUAAGCAAUACAAUCGAAAUCAUCAUCUUGUGGAUGGGUAUACACCGCCCAGAAGGCUAAAGGUAGAUCUAGAUCGUGGGGCUUGCAGGUUCCAGUCUAGGACAUUUCUCGAACAGAGUACGAACCCUAAAUGUAUAGCCCGGGAGGACGAAUUUUGAUUUAUAAAACAAAGUGAAUUGAUUCCAAAGUACUCACCCAAGCUACUGCGCACAUAUUAACAUAGCAAACUUUGGUAGUUAUGUAUACUACGAAUGUGAACAUUUUAUUCAGUACACAUAUAUAAAACAGUAGCUUGCAUGCGUAAAUCUCUCAAAAACUAGAAUAAAAAAAAAACAUGAAUUUCUUAAAAACAAUCUUGACCAACUCUAAAUGUUACGGAGGUGUUUCAGAAUUGCUUUCAACUGAUUUUUCUUUUAAACGCUGCUAUCGGAUAAGUAAUAAUCUUCUGAAAGGAGGGCGGGAUAACGGUGAUUGUUGCGUACUAAAGGAGAAGAAUCUCUGUGACGAGGUAUAUGAGAAAGACGAAGAGAACGGUUAUUUUAGCAGUACACCUAAAACUGGUAAAGUACAUGCUGUUAUUGGUCCUGUAGUUGAUGUCAUAUUUGAAAAUGAUGUACCCAACAUUUUGAAUGCCAUGGAAGUUCCAGGCUAUAAAAAUGGCAAUAGAUUAGUCCUAGAGGUCUUCCAUCAUUUGAGUAAUAACAUCGUGCGCACGGUGGCAAUGGACAGUACAGAAGGUUUGAGACGUGGCCAAGAAGUUAUAGAUACGGGAAAUCCAAUUAGAGUGCCAGUAGGUCGGGCUACAUUGGGUCGCAUUCUCAAUGUCACUGGAGAUCCUAUCGACGAACGUGGUCCCAUAAACUCCGAAUUUUAUUCAUUUAUUCAUGCAGAAGCUCCUGAAAUGACUGAAUUGUCAGUUAAACCUGUUUUAUUGGAAACGGGAAUCAAGGUUAUUGACUUGUUGGCUCCAUAUGUCAAAGGAGGAAAAAUUGGCUUAUUUGGCGGAGCUGGUGUGGGAAAAACGGUCUUAAUCAUGGAACUGAUAAAUAAUAUCGCAAAGGCUCAUGGUGGGUAUUCUGUCUUUGUGGGAGCUGGAGAAAGAACUCGUGAGGGCAAUGACCUGUAUAUGGAGAUGAUUGAAUCGAAAGUAAUUUCAUUAGAUGACGAUACAUCGAAGGUAACCCUGGUUUACGGGCAAAUGAAUGAGCCACCUGGAGCACGAUCUCGUGUUGUUUUAACGGGUUUGACUAUAUCCGAAUACUUCCGUGACAUGGAGGGCCAAGAUGUUUUACUGUUUAUAGACAACAUAUUUCGUUUCACUCAAGCUGGCUCGGAAGUAUCGGCCUUGCUUGGUCGCAUACCAUCUGCAGUUGGCUAUCAACCUACUUUGGGUACAGAUAUGGGCACCAUGCAGGAACGUAUAACAAGUACUAAAAAUGGAUCCAUUACUUCAGUACAGGCCGUUUACGUUCCGGCUGAUGAUUUGACCGAUCCUGCCCCAGCAGCAACAUUUUCGCAUUUGGAUGCCACAACUGUACUUUCAAGACCAAUUGCUGAGUUAGGCAUUUACCCGGCUGUUGAUCCUUUAGAUUCAUCUUCUCGCAUAAUGGAUCCGAUGGUUGUAGGCGACGAACACUACAUAGUUGCUAGAUCCGUACAAAAGACACUGCAGAAUUAUAAAUCAUUACAGGACAUCAUUGCCAUAUUGGGAAUGGAUGAACUAGCGGAAGACGACAAACUAACCGUUGCCAGAGCUCGAAAAAUUCAACGCUUUUUAUCUCAGCCUUUUCAAGUUGCCGAAGUAUUCACCGGUCAUGCGGGUAAAAUGGUACCACUGACAAAAACAAUUGAAGGCUUCAAGCGUCUUUUAAAUGGUGAUAUGGAUGAUAUUCCAGAGAUAGCAUUUUACAUGGUCGGUGACAUAGACGAAGCGCUUGCUAAAGCUAAAGAUAUUGUAUCAAAAAUGUAAAAUUUUUCGAAACAAUUUUCUAUCAUAUGUAUGUUGUUAUAAUUAGUUUUAUUAAAAAUUAAAAAAAAAUAUGGGUUAUGGUUGUUGGUUGGUUGAUAUGAUCAAUUGAUGAAUAUUAUAA